AUGUGCAUCUGAAUCAGAAGGACAGAGUCAGAGGAGGCUUCAUCGCCACAUCGUUGGGUCUCUCUCUCCUUAUAGGUUUGUCUGAGCAGGCGCCGAAGCACGCACCACCAGGUUUGACUCUAAAUGCACAUGUCCUUGGGAUCUACUCUGAGGGAUGGGAACCACAGAGGCAACGCUGAGAAUUGAAAACAUGGAAGUACGAGAUGAGUGGCAGGAUGAAGACUUCCCCAGGCCACUCCCUGAGGACGGAGACAUGGAUCCCUCCUGUGGGCUCUCUGAUAACAGAACCUCCCCACCUAACUCCCUGAACUUGAGCCCACCUCGAGCAGGAGGAGGGUCUCAUCAGAAGCGGCGCACACUGAUUGCUCCUGAGAUGAAUCUGUCUCUGGACCAGAGUGAGGGCUCUAUGCUGUCAGAUGACUUCCUGGACACUCCGGAUGACCUAGACAUAAACAUCGAUGACAUUGACACUCCAGAUGAGACAGACUCACUCGAGUUCAUCACAAAUGGCAACGACUUGGAGUGGGAAGAUGAUGCGCCUGUGGCCUCAGCAAAGGCAGGGCCUGGAAACUGUUUUGGAGAGGAGGAGGAUGGGAAUGCAAAUGAACGACUUUGGAGGACAGUAGUUAUUGGAGAACAGGAACAUCGCAUUGAUAUGCAAGUCAUCAGGCCAUAUCUUAAAGUUAUCUCACAUGGAGGAUACUACGGAGAAGGCCUUAAUGCCAUCAUUGUGUUCUCUGCGUGUUACCUACCUGACAGCAGCAGCUCUGACUACCACUACAUUAUGGAAAACCUUUUCUUAUAUGUGGUAAGUAGCCUGGAAAUGCUGGUCGCUGAAGAUUAUUUGAUCAUAUACAUGAACGGAGCCACCCCUCGUACUAAAAUGCCUGGAAUCAGCUGGCUUAAGAAAUGUUACCAAAUGAUUGAUCGAAGACUGAGGAAAAACUUGAAAUCUCUGGUCAUUGCUCAUCCCACUUGGUUCAUAAGGACUGUGUUGACCAUAUCAAGACCCUUUAUCAGUGUAAAGUUUAUGAAUAAGAUCCGGUAUGUGCAUAGCCUGAGUGAAUUAGCUGAAAUCGUUCCCAUGGAGCACAUUCAUGUACCGGAGUGUGUGGUGCAGUAUGACCAAGAGAAAAUCAAAGCCCGGAGGGAAAGACUGGAGCAAGAGCAAAGACAGCAGGAAAAGCAGCAUACUCUCUCAAGUGAUUCAGCAAAGAAGUCCGAGAGGCCAGUGUCAAUGGCUGCUGAUUAAUUUGACCCAGAAAGGACAGGGCUGGAUGAAGGAACAAGAAGCAUGAAAACUUGUAUUUUGCCUUAUUAAGGGAAUGCCUUUCUUUAACAAAUCCAUAAGCUCUAGUUCCUUCCAGAUCAAUAAGGGAGAGUGCAAAUGCUUUAUAACAGCAACUGGACAUUUAUUCACUCUUGCUUCAUGCUUUUAAUUGUAGGGCUUUAAACAUUGCAACCCAAAAUCCACUUGAAGUGAAAGAAUGUUCAAAUGUCUGUAUUAGAUAGGAUGCUAUGUCACUGUAUCCAUAAUAACCAGCAUAUGUAGAAUAUACAAUGCAGAUUUUCAACAUAACAAUAACAUGUUACCAUAUCUCGCCUUUCAGACUGAGUGUCAACAUCAGUUCAUUGUUCUGCUUCAUUGCUUCACUGUACUAUUCAUGUGCCUCAAACUUAACACACAUUUUCUACACUAUCAUGCAUUCACAUACAAUCAUUUCAGUCUACAUAAUGACAUAUGCAUAUAUCGGUAUUUACUCUAUAUGCAUUCACUAUGGCUUAAGUCUACAUUAUUUGUCAGUUUUGUUAUGUUUUUUACAUGUUAAUAUAAUAUUAAUUACAAUGACUGUAUGAUUAUGGCCCUAUUUCUCAAGCAGACAUCCAAAUGAUAUUGUUUGUAUACUUUAUAUACUUUUUCUUUCUCUGAAUGAGGAAGUAAAUUGUUCAAUGGGAGAGACCUUCAAACAGUAGCAUGGGGAGAUGGAUUAAACUCAGGGUUAGAGGAGUAAAACAGACUCCAGGUUAGGAUGGACUGUGUUAGGUUUACAGAGUUACUGUGGUAACUUGUGGACACUAAACUUGAACCAAAACGUGUGAGUUUUGAAAAGCUCUGAGUUCAAAUUAAACCUGAUUCUUGAAUUAGGGCCGAUGUUCUUAUAUGCAUUUUUAUUAUUAUUUUAAGUUACUUUUUAAGUUAGGUUUUCCCCAUUGUCCUCCAUUCCUAGUUUAUUGUAGCAGGAGGAUAAAAAGGUUUUAUUUUUGUAGCACAAAACAUAUUCUAUUUUGAAUUGUAUAUUCAUUGCAUUAUGGAUUGAUAGGCCUAUGACCCAAUUACAUUUUAGUGUUAGUAUUAGUUAUGUUAACACUUUAUAGUUUUCUCCUGUUUGUUCAUGUGGAAGCUCUAGCAUUAUUUAGUUUUUUGUGUUUAAGUGCUAAUGCUAUUUUUGGUUCAUUUCAACAUAUUCAGUUAGACUACGUUAGACGAACUGACUAAUUCACAUUGUAAUUGUACAACUAUAUUUAUAUUUGAGGUCACUUGAUUCUGGAAUAAAAUGGGCUUUUUCAUAAUAAAAGCACAAAGUUGGUAAUACAUUACAUUGAUUAUACCAUAGGGUAUUUGUUACCUUAUUGUAAAAUAAUGUAGCCUACAUUAAAUCACUAUUUUGCCUUUGUUCAUAUUGUAAAGUAGCAGGCCUAAAUGUAAUAAAUACAUUUUCUGCAAA